CUGAAGGGAAACGAGCCUUUAUUCUUCUGUCAGUCGGGGAGUCAGUGAAGGAACAUUUGCUCCGGCCUACUACAUGUUUACAAAGAAAAGCCAGAGAAAAUGUGUCCACAGUCUCAUUUUCCUCAUUGAAGGCAGGUCCGAGGGACUUCAUCGGUGACGACUGUCUGGAUUUAAGGGGAUUUUAAGUCUCUUUUCGGACAACACAAAUCCAAAGAAGAUGAGGUCGUCUCUCCUCUUCAUUCUCAUCUGCGUAAACCCUCUUACAGCACUGAGCAUCCCUCAGCCUGAAAAACUGAACGUAUCUAAUGUAGAAGGGGAGGUUCUUGUAUACUGGAAACAACCGGCCGACGCUCCGCUAACAUCUAAAUACAACGUACAAAUGGCAAAGUUAACCGAUAAAUGGGCCAAAGUGCCGAGAUGCACAGAGAUCACAAACACCUACUGUGACAUCAGUGGUCUCAUUCAUGACUACACCACUCUGUACAAGGUCAGAGUUCAGCUGGCUGCAGGAGAGCAUGUUUCUCCAUGGGCAGCCAGGAAAAUCCCCAUAUAUGACAGUUAUCUGCUGCCACCAUCUUUCACUUUGUUAGCAACGUCCAACUCACUGUCAGUGCACGUUCACGAAAAACCCAUUUUGAAGAAGAUCUUCUCUUUCGGCCUCACCUACACCAUCUACUUGAAGGAGCCCGAAACGGAAAAGGUCACCACAGCAUAUCUGGAGGACGAGGUGGAGGAGGAUCAGAGGCGCAAGACUUUCACUUCUCUCCAAUGGGGAAAACAGUACUGCGUCAGCAUGACAGUAGAGGGCAACGGAGGUAUCUUAACAAGUGCCGUUUCUCCAAAACAGUGCCUCCUGCUGCCUGACAGAGAGUGGUUCAUGAUUUCAGUCUCAUCCUUCUCCAUUCUGGGAGUGUUUGUGAUCAUAACUAUCGGCGCUAACAUCCUCUGGUGUUACCUGAAACGUCCAGAGAAAACACCAAUUGCACUGAAAUCCCCGGCAUGUUACUGGCAGCCCUUGUGUGUGGAAGAAGGCAUCAUGGAGACUGUCACAGAUAAAGGAUGGUUCCUGUCCAAUCACAGAGCAGAAGUGAAAGACUGCAUUCACACACCCGUGACUCAAACUACAUUGAACAAUGCCACCGAAGAGGAAGACAGGAGGACCAGCAUGGACAGCGGCGUCAGCAUUGAGACCAGCUCUCCAACCAACGACAGGGGAAGUUCAGGGAUGAAGCAGGAGGACAGUGGCUUUGGCAGCAUCGGCGUCCCAGAGGGCUUCACCUGCAGUAAGACGGAUUAUCCACUGGAGAAAGAAAAGGCUGCUGCUGCUGCGGUGGAGGAGUUCAGGAAAAGGCAGGACAGCGGACUGGGAUUGAGCUGCCAGACGGAUCUGGACCAACUCCACACCAGGCUUCUGAAAGACUCCGUCCCCAGCGUCAACUAUCGGACCCAGCGUCCUCCUGACGUGCAGAUCCAUGUCCCUGAUGAAGAGGAGGAGUUCAAACAGAAAAGCCUGGGCACCGUGCUGGCCGACGUGGUCACGGGCUACAGAGCUGGUCCUCGAACGUGCAUCUGUUCAGGAGCGGGUCAGUGCACGUGGUGCCUCACACAGGGUCAGGCUCAGGGUCAGGGUCAGCGUGGGUCUGAAGCCGUGUCUGUAGAGAAUGGACUGCUAAGGGGAACGUGUGACGUUCCAGACAUUUGCAAAGAAGGGAGGACAUUUUUAAGCUGUUAUAAAAAAGCACAAAUUGACACUGUGACCAUAGACACUUUACAAAACUCCUUCACUCAAGGACUCCAGGACACAUUUCCUCUGCUGAAGACCGUGCAGUCGCUGUCUCUGCUGGACGUGGCACAUGACCUAAACAUGAACCACAUGACUCUCUCUCUGAGUGACGUCCAAGUGGAAACUGACUGAUGCAAAACAAGUCAUUGUGACUGUAACUGACAGGCACACACAAUGGACAAAUACAUUUCAUGUUACUUGUACUUCAGGUAAAAGGCAGCAUUUAAAGGUACAGUGUGUAGAUCAGGGGUCACCGACCUUUCUGAAACUGUGAGCUACUAGAAGGGGCACUCCAGAGCUACUGGUUUGAUACAGACUUCCCCAAAUAAUAAUAAUAAUAACAAUAAUAAUAUGUUCUGGGACAUACAACAGUACACACUCUUCUUACCAUCAUUACUGCAUAUAUUUGAAUAUCACUGCAAGUGGAACUGAUUCCAAAAGUACAGUAACAGUACAAUUGUUGACCCUCUUACUGACUACCUUUGUUUUUAGAACAUAUUCCAAGGGCACCUUAGGUACUCAACGGGUGGUACCAGGUGACCCCGGGCACCAUGUUGGUGACCCCUGGUGUAGACUUGGUGGAGAGUAGAAAACACAGGGAGCAGUGAUGUAUUACAUAAACAGAUGUGAAUCAUGGCUGUCAAAUAAGUGUCUUUUUAAAAAAAAAACAUCAGCUAGAAUAUUUGUGGCUGCAGUGUUUUCACAUUAGACACUCUGUAAUGGACUCAUUUAUAAUAAUGUUUAUUUUUGUAAUAAAGUCCCAACUCAAACUCAUAAAUAUUUUAAAUCCCAUUUGACUCUACAGUUCAAUCCCAGGCACUGUGCCUUUAAACCUAUAAAGCUAUCUGUAACAUAUUUGCUACACAACAAGUCAGUUCCAAAAAUAUUUAACAUACUGGGGGCUUUCUGUGACAGAAUCUGAACAGGGUUAAAUUUCUAUUUUGUAAGUGAUAAGCUGAACAGGUUCCAGCUGGUUGGUGUCAGUGUGAAUCAUAUGGGUUUUACACAGAAAGUCUAGAAUGUCAGAGACCUUAUGUAACCUGCUGUUUUUAGAGAUUCAAUUCUCAGCUAACGUUGAGAAGCUGCAGGCCGGAAGUGAAACCCCGUGUGGGGGAGCACACAGGGGAACAGUUUAACACUUACAUGCUUUUGGAUAUUUUGCUGUGACACUUCUUGUCAACACUUGAAUGUAACCUUUAAGACUCUGAUCAUUUCUCACCCUUAUCGUCACGCUGCAGCUUGUUGCUGUUGUUGCACCUUUUUUUAAAUAGUCUUCUACAUGUGACUCUGUAGAAUGUAAGUAUGUAAAAAGUUAAAUUAUUAAUAAAACAAAAAUACUGACUACA